AGCCGUUGGCUGUGCCCGGCGGUGGCCAUGGGGCGCCUGGCAAGGCUCGGUCCCGUCGCGGCCGCCGCGCUCUUCCUGGUGCUGCUGCGCUGCGGCUCCGCCGCCUCCCUGUCGCGGCGCGACCUCCCGGCGGGGCGCAAUGACAGACCCAUCAUCGGGAUAUUGUCGCAGGAAUGUCACUUCAAUGAGUACCAGCGAUUUGGAAGAUCUUAUAUUGCAGCUUCAUAUGUGAAAUUCGUGGAAUCUGCCGGUGCUCGAGUGGUGCCAAUAAGAUUAAAUCUUACAGAUGAAGAAUAUGAUAAAAUAUUCCACUCUAUUAAUGGGGUACUUCUUCCAGGAGGUGGUGUGGAUCUUAAGACUUCAGAGUAUUCAAGGGUUGCUAGGAUAUUUUAUCACAAGGCUUUGGAGGCUAACGAUAAAGGAGAUUAUUUCCCAAUAUGGGGAACAUGUCUUGGACACGAAGAGCUUACCUAUCUCACGAGUGGUGAAAUUUUACUUGUUCGUACCAAGACAAAUGGUUUUUCACUCCCUCUGAACUUUACCUCAGCUGCAAAAGACAGUAAAAUGUUCAGGAAUUUCCCUGAUGAUGUAUUACAUGCACUUGCUACUGAGCCAUUGACAUCAAACUUUCAUGUAUGGAGCCUCUCCAUGGAGAAUUUCACCAAUAAUGAAAAGCUUCGUAAUUUCUAUAACGUUCUAACCACUAACACUGAUGAUGAAGUGGAGUUUAUAUCUACCAUGGAAGCAUACAAAUAUCCAAUUUAUGGCAUACAAUGGCAUCCAGAGAAAAAUCCUUUUGAGUGGAAGGAUUCUCCAGGCAUUCCCCAUUCGCCAUCUGCUGUAAGAGCAGCAUAUUAUAUGGCUGAUUUCUUCGUUAAUGAAGCCAGGAAGAGCCUGCACCAUUUCUCCAGUGAAGAUGAGGAAACAAAAGAAUUGAUCUAUAAUUAUAAUCCAGUUUAUACAGGAACAUUUUCUGCAUUUCAGCAAACCUAUUUUUUUGAUUGAGUAUCUUGUCAAAGGUGCAGUGUUGUUAUUUAUGAAUGAAUUAUUUGCAAGCAAUGUGUAAUUAAGCUGAUACAGUGACACAAAGCCAGAACAGUUCUUCUUUACAAUGAUUUAUUCUGUGUAUCUUCUGCACUAUUGAAACAUUAAUGUAUAAAUUUACAUUCAAUAGCAUAAUAAUCUACAGAAAAAAAAUUCAUCCAGGAAAGAGGACUUGACUAUGCUUAUAAACUUUGAAGCAGUCACCCUCAGUACUAGGAAAAGCUUUCAUAUAUUUUAAAAUAUGAGACUUAACCUUUGUAAAAUGUUGUGGACUAUGAUAGCACUAGACACUUAGAUGCACUGUGUAGUAAAAUCCUGUCCUUUUCAAACAAUUUAGCAAAUGAGACUCUUGGAUUUGUCAUAGAUAUGUGUAUGCAGCCAAGUUCUUGACAAGGACUCCUUUGUCAUUUCAAAAAUUGACCAAAAUAGUAAGGCAUGAUAACAAACACAUUUCUGCCUAAGAAGCACAUUUAUCCUGUUUGUGAAACUGUUUCUCUUGUACAUUGAGCAUUAUUUGGAAUCCUUAUACCUUGUGAGGUCUUCAUAUCACAGUUAUCACAUAAAAUAAGUAAGUUUGGAGGGAAUAGUUCAGUGCUGAUUCCACUCUCAGUUCUUUUCAAUUCAGUUUUAUAUACCCUCCAAGGAUUUGUCUUGGAGUAGCUGGAGUCAGCAGCCAGAUAAAAGGUGCAGACGCUCACUCCUGUGUAUUUAAAAGAAUGUAAACCUAAUUUUUUCUCUGAAGUGUCUGACUUUUCCUGUAGCUGGAUAGAAUUUUCGCUUGAAGUCAAGAUGUAGUUUGCCAUUAUAUUAGUAAACAAUGUAGUUUCUUUCUGUCUUGUUUGAUAGUUCAGUACAGCUAGAAUUUAAACAGCAUAUGAAUGUAUAUGAUAAACCUGUUAAAGGUGACAUAAUGUGAUAAUAGCAGCUGCAUGCAAUACACUGACACCAUUUUUUCUCUGCUUUGCUCCAGAUUUGGUGAAAGUUUUGUUCAUGGUUUUGUGUUUUGUCCAAAAAGGGACUAAGAUUAGACAAUCACAUAUCAUUCUCCUCUCUAGCACAGCUUCCAAACCCUUGUUAACAUUAACAAGGAUUUGGAGUGUAGGAAGAAUUCAGGUGUAUAAACUUCAGCUCUGUUUUGUAGAAUCUCAUACUCUCAGGUAACAUAUCUGAAUAAGUCUGGUAAGUUUCUCAGGUUUUUCAAGUAAAACACUCCCCAGCUUGUUCUUUAUCAUGAAGCAACUGCGUAAGAGAAUGUGAAAUGCAUCAGUAAAAAAAAACUAUGAGGAAACAUUAACUGUGACUAGCAGAAAAACACUUCCAGGUAAUUACAAGCUUAAACAUGAGAUAUUUAUACAUUUGUCAUAUCAGCCAACUUAGUAAAUGCUUAUCUUUUUAAUAUAGGUAACUUUAUUAAUUGACUCCUGAAUAGAACCAAGUUUAAAAAGGGGGUUGUGCUCUACAGUUGCUGUGAUACUUAAAAGCCAAGUCCAGUCUUCUGCUCGUUGUUCAGGCUGAGUUCUUUGUAACAGCUCUAAGAAUUUGCCCAAGUGAGGUGAGCAGGUUUUAGCCUUAAACCAGAGAUGAAUCUAGCCAGUGUAAUGUCUGCAAUGGUAGUAAUCAAUUCCUAAAUAUGUAACUAUAAAGAGUAUUGUGUGUAAUAUGACGAGAGAAGUUUAUAUAUUAUGAAUUUGUAUUUGUCUUUCCUUUAUACCCUUUAUCUUGUAAAGCCUUAUUUGAUGAUACGCAUGAUUUUACUAUGAUACGUGAAAUAAACUUUGAUUCAAGCAGA